AUGGCCCCCCCUGGAAUGAGCGGCAUUGGGAACAAGUUCGUCCGGUAUGAAUCUCUCUCUCCAAGCGACACUUCCAUUCGUCGCGAGGAGAUCAAGUACAUGAGGGGAACUCACGGGUUGAUGUUAAAGUGUGCGUGCCUUUUGGCGAAGCGGAGUGGUGGCCGGGAUGCGGGAAAUGACGCAGCCGCGAGACAACAAGCAGCCAAGGUGACUCGAGAAGCUUGUGGCUUGCUCGGCAUUCAUCUGGUACAGCAGUACCGCCGCGAGGGACUCGGGUGUGACUUUUAG